GGUGGACGCUGCAGCUGGACGAGGGGACGCAGCGAGUUCCUAGCCAUGCCAUUUUCGCGCAGGACCUUUCGACCUGGGGGCCGAGGCUGGAGAACAAGUGCGACUCGGUCAAGGAUGACGCGAUCAUCUUCCCAGAGACUCAUGUCGGCAUCGAGGGCGCCAACGAGAUCGUGGAGCACCUCGGCUUCAGGGGUUUGAAGUCGGUAGUCGCGCCGUCCACGAAGAACAGGCGCGGCGAGCUGGCAGGCGGCGUCGGCAUGGCUAUUAGAGGGUUCUUGUCGGUGACGUCGACGAGGCACCUCGCAUCGAAGAGGGGGCAGGCAGCGGGGCCCAGACAGCUCGACAGCGAGAGGGGGCCAGGGCCAGUCGACUUCCAGGACAUGGUGGCGGCUCAGUGGCGGUGGCGAGGGCAGUCGGUUCUCGUCGUCGGCGUGCGUUUUGCAUCGUCGAUCGGCAUGGGCGGCGAGAACCAGCAGAAGAUGGCGCGCAUAGCGGCGCCCACGCGCGGUCGCAGCGGGCCGUGGGCGGCGAUCGGCGACUGGGACGCGGGGCCGACCGAGAUGCAGAAGGCAGGGUGGCUCAAGCUGCUCGACGCGAAGGUGGUGGCGCCAGCAGACGUCAGUUACACGUGCGCGCGCAACCCAGCGCGCAUGCAUGAUUACGCGGUGUGCUCGGAGUCUUUCCUGAUGAUCGUGGACAGAGUGGAUGCCGAUCGUCGCGAUCCUGGCGACCACUGCCGAGUGAGGGUGCACUUGAAGGGCGACGCGAAGAUCGCGAUCCAGCGCAACCUGCAGCUGGCCAAGCCUUUCCCGUUGCCCGAUCUGCCGAAGAAGAAGGCGGACCCGGACAGCAAGCGGUCCGGCGAAGGCGAGAGGCAGAAGGGCGCGGUCGUCUGCGAGGCCGUGCCGCCCGAGUGCCAGCCAAAGGACGAGCGGAUGAGAUUCGACCUGGCAAUCGCCGAGCGCAACACUUUGUGGCAGGAGAAGUUCCGCGCGGCGAUCACAGAGGACCGCGUCGCGUGGAGGCAGCCGGCGCAGCGCGCGAAGGGCGCGCUUGCCUUUGCUUUCGACGAGGAGGGAUCGCGAGAGCUUGGGGCGCGCUACGGCGCAUGGGCAUACGCAGUGGAGCAGCGCUACAUGGCGCCCCCGCCGGUCGAAGCCGAGGAGCGGAGCAUCUACCUCGGGCGCGGCGACGAGGUCAGGUUUAAGCAGGGCAAGGCGAAGCUCGGCAUCGGCGUUAGCGCCUGCCUGGGCCAGACCAUCAGGGCUCUCAGCAGCACGAUGCCCAGCGGCGGCAUCAUCAAGAUGACAGCGAAGCAGAAGCGGAAGUGGCGAGUCGCUCUCAGCGACGUUCGCAACAUGUCCAGCGAGCAGGUGCAGCGCUUCGGGGCGGCGGCGCUGACCACAGCGAAGAAAGGGAAGCGCGCGGAGGUCGGCGAGGCUUUGCUGGCCUACACCAACUGGGUGCAAGAGCAGGGGGCGGCUGGCAGCGGCGCGCUGCGCAGAAAGACGAAGGGCAAGCCCAGGUGCGACAACGAGGCGCGCAGCCAGGGCGUUACCGCCUCGGACAUGGUGGAGUGCAUGGAUGCGAAGGGCGCACAGUGGCGGAAGAAGUGGAAGAGCAAGUUCAGCUCGCAGGCCACCUUGCAGCGCCUGGAGCGGUCGCGUGAGGCGGCGAUGGAGGGGAGCUGGGCGCCAGUCGCCAUCGAGAGCUUCAACGACGCCAUCAACGCGAUGGCGAAGAGCACGGCGAAGGGCGUCGAGCAGAUGGGAGCCUUCGCCUUCAAGUGGCUUCCUCCGGACGCGCGAGAGGAGUUGCUCGGCAUCGUCGAGGAGGUCGAGCGCGUCGGCACCUGGCCGUGGCCGCUGAUGGUCACGCUCGCCUGCCUGCUAAGGAAGGAUCCAGGAGGAGACCGAGCGAUUGGGCUGCUACCUGAGGUGGUCAAGCUAUGGUCGAAGGUGCGCAGCGAGUACGCGAACGAGCGGGUCGUCGCCAUGGCGGGGAAGUGGGUCGCAGCG